GUGGGAAUGGAACAAUUGUUGCCACCACCGUUUGGAUGUGGAAAUGGAACAAAUGUUGCCACCACCGGUUGGAUGUGGGAAUGGAACAAUGGCACUUCUAUAUUAAGUUGAUGACUUUUAAAGCACUGAAUGAGUAUUCAGAACCAGAUAGAGACUGAGUACCAUAAGAAAGUAGACCAUGAGAACAGAAGGUUCCAGAACGUGAUGGCACAGCAAAAAAAUCUGCACCUGUUUUCACUGAGACAGUGGAGGGCCACCAAGAGAUUCUUCAAAGGCGAAAGAGGGGCUUGGAAGGACAAGUAAGUCUCUUAGUCUGGUCAGGUGACUCACAUUGUUUGAAUGGUCUCAGCCAGGGAUCUGCAACCUUUUUGGACUGAGGAGCCACUUUUAUAAAGUAUAUCUGCUGUGCAAAUAUUUUGGGACUGCUGGUCUUGGUUGAAUAUUUUAAGUUGCCCAAACAGAUAUUUUUCUUAGUGAGGUAACUUUAUAUUCUAGAAGGUCAUGUGAAUCGGUAGACAACUCUAACUUAUAAAAACAUUUGUUGUGUGCCCCUGUUUUCUCCAGACAUCAACAAGUGGUCCACUGGAAACUGUCUAACCAAGAAAACUUC